AUGUCGGAUGCGAGAAGGGCUACGGGUACCGCCCCUGGAGCAAAGUACAACGCUUACGCUGAGGCGGCAGAUCCACAUCGCUACCGUAUCGCUGACGCUCUGCUCUUUACAUGCGCGGAGCACGGUGAGGCGUGUGUCUUGUGCAUUACCGCCGGCAAGAAUGGCCGCAACGGACGCACGGCAGCUGUUGGCGCCACGCUCUUCUGGUUGACUUGCCCGAAUCUGAACGCCAUCAUCUCGAGGUUCGAGGGUCACCGAUGUAUCCAAGUGGUGGCAGAGGCGCUAUCCCGGCAGACGUGUCUCUGUGACUGGCAUGUGCUGUCGCACAACGUGUACGCGAGUCGCGCCAAGGAACUCCUUUCGCCAGCGCAGUGGUCUUUCUUCCACACGCACUUUCUCUCUGAGGAGGAGUCUUCCCUGCACAAGUACGGCAAUGCCGCGGUGAGCCAUGCAGCAGACAUGAAGUGCCUGCACGCUCUCGUCGCCCAGACCCUGGCUGGUGUCCCAAACCCGGUUGGCUCGAUCGUAGUGAACUACGUUCUCUUGUUGCACCAGCUCGUCAGCAAGACGGCCGACCUGGAAGAAAUAGAGGGGCAGGGUCUCGAAGAGAAGCUCACUAUACGGGCAACGCUGGACAGCACAGUUUUCUUCGCGAGCUUUAUAACGGCAUUUGUGAGGGCGGCGUCGGAGCGGCAUCGCGAGGACUGGCAGGGGCUCCACGACGUAUACUUCGAAGUCCCGCUCCCUGACGGCAACGAGUGGUGCAAGGGGACCGUUCAGUACAUGUGGCGGAACGACUCUCAGCUAGCGACGCUCUACCCCGAUCUAUGCGCGUGUGCCCGGACAGUGCUCCACGCGUUGGAGGGCAGGCCGCGGCGCCGACACAAGAAGCAUCGUGUCAACUGA